AUGCCGUCUUCCUUCGAUGACUUCGAUUCGCAUCAUAACAUUCCAGUUGCAAAUACCGAAGGAUGGCAGACCCUCAAACCUCUUGAUCGGUGGAGAAAUUCGCCGCCAGAGACUGAGGCCGCGCAUCUGAAAGAUAUCAUGAACUCUUUGGCCCGAUCAAAUGGCAACUCGUCAUCCGAAUCACGUCCUGGCUCUCGAAACUCAGGCACAUCGUAUCGUCGAGGUCCAAAAGGGCAGAGAAAUUCUCCAUCUGUCGCGGCAUCAGAUUCCACCAGGUCAACUGCCUCCAGUAGCUCUGCAUCCUCUGCUCAUAGCUUUGGCUCCGAUCAAUCCGGGUCAUUUGGCCGAUUCUACGUAGGAGGAUCGAUACGUCAUCGUCGGAGACGUAGCCGAAAAGCUUCACCCGUGCCGCGUGGCCGCUCCGACCAAAAGACCCAGCGGCCUUAUCAGUGUACUUUCUGUACUGACACCUUCAAAUCAAAAUACGACUGGACACGCCAUGAAAAGACUCUACAUUUGCCAUUGGAAAGCUGGGCUUGCGCACCGUUUGGACCGACAUACGAGGACGGAUCAACCGGCGCGAUACGUUGCGCUUUUUGCGAUGUCAACAACCCAUCGGAGGGUCAUAUCGAGGAACACAAUUACAAGGGGUGUCAAGACAAGCCGUCUGCAUUGCGGACUUUCUAUCGAAAAGACCAUCUCCGCCAGCACUUACGCCUCGUCCAUAGGAUAGACAACGCAAUAUCAAAUAUAGGGUCGUGGAAAUCGGAGGUGAAAGACGUCGAUUCGCGAUGUGGAUUCUGUGCAAUGACUUUCACUCGCUGGUCCGAUCGGAAUGAUCAUAUUGCCGGACACUAUAAGGAAGGAGUUACAAUGAAGGACUGGAAAGGCUGCCGAGGGUUCAUCCCAGCAGUGGCCCUAGCCGUUGACAACGCCAUGCCACCGUAUCUAAUUGGGAGUGAAUCGACCGGCAUCGACCCGUUCAGCGCCUCCCGUCGGGGAAAGGCGCCCACGCCAACAGAGGGCAAAGCCUCUUGCCAAGACCAAGAACCAGUGAUCAUACAGCCAACUCCAUUCGGACAAUUGACGGAACAUUUAGUUCGAUAUGUUCGAGCGAAGCAAGCGGAUGGAAUACCCAUUACGGACGAGUCCAUACAGAAAGAGGGUGAUGUCUUUUAUACGGGGAUGACGACCCUUGGAAUCAGACUGCGGCAGAUAAUCUCGAAUGGCUGA